AUGGCUGUCGAACUUCUUACUCAGGCCGAUGGCUAUGGCAUUAUCAUCGGUCUUUCGGUGCUGUUCUGUCUCAUCAUCCUCGCGGCAGUCCGCAUACAAAAGAGGUAUCUGUCAGAAGACAGCGAUCAGUCAGAGAUGUUCAUGGUCGCCAACCGUUCUGUUGGGACCGGAUUGACGGCCUCGGCGGUCUUCUCGAGUUGGAUGUGGAUCAACGAGAGUGUCUUUUCGGCUGCUUAUACAUACCGCUGGGGUGUUGCUCUUCCGAUAUGGUGGGCCAGUGGGCUGUCCUUCCAGAUUGCCCUCAUGGCGGUGUUGGGUAUCGUCGCAAAGCUGCGGGUGCCAUACGCACAUACCUCGCUCGAGAUCAUCAAGAUGAGAUACGGAAAAUAUGCGCAUUGGCUGUUCAUUCUCCUCAAUCUGGUCAACAACAUCUUUGGUUGCGGCAGUAUGAUCCUUGCAGGCGCUCAAUUAGUGACUGGAAUGACCGGAAUGCAUGUUGUCGCCGCGUGUAUACUGAUUCCAGCAGGAGUCGUUACCUACACCGCCGUAGGGGGGCUGAAGGCAACUUUCCUGACUGAUUUCUUGCACACGACUAUCGCCCUUAUUCUGUUAAUCUAUUUUUCUCUCGCUGUCUUGACGAACGAGCAUAUUGGCGGCAUCUCUGGUCUCUACGACAAAGUCAAAGCCACGAACGACUACAUUCCCGGCAACUACAAAGGCUCACUUUUGACUAUGAAGUCCAGGAGCUCUCUUCUUUUUGGGCUUGUGUUGAAGUUCGGAAAUCUUGCAUUGGUGCUCAUGGAUACGGCCUUCUGGCAGAAGUCAUUCGCGUCUGAAGUGCAUUCGACUGUCCCCGCCUAUGACCUUGUCUCGGUCGUUAUCCUCGCCAUACCUUGGUGCACCGGCACCAUAAUCGGACUGAGCGCCAGGGCCAUCGAAAAGACUCCCGUCUGGUUCGACUACCCCAAUACUUUGACCAUCACUCAAGUGAACUCUGGCAUGGUGAUGCCAUACGUGCUGAGGUCGUUGCUUGGCACUGGAGCCACUGCCGGACUGCUGGUGCUCGUUUUCAUGGCCAUCACUAGCACAGUCUCUUCGUCCAUGAUAGCUGUUAGCAGCAUCAUUUCUCUUGACUUCUUCCGCACCUACAUCGACCCACGUGCGUCCGACCGCAAGACGCUCAAGGUCAGCCACUGGGGAGUCGUCUUCCACGGCUGCUUCAUGGCCGGCUUUGCCAUCAUGCUCGAGUACGCCGGUGCAACAAACAACUGGUCCACAUACUUCCGACCCAUCGUGGCGUGUCCUGGUAUCCUGCCCAUGAUCUUGACGCUCCUUUGGUCAAGACAAACGAAGUUAGCCGCUAUCCUCAGUCCCAUCCUCGGGCUUAUGUCCGGUAUUGCAACUUGGCUUUCCCUCUCAUGGGCGUGGUCUGGAGCAAUCAACAUUCAAACGACGCAAGACCAGGUGCCGGGCCUCUAUGCCGCUAUCGUCUCUUUCUUCUCGCCGGCGCUCUAUUCCGUCAUCAUCUCGCUGGCCUGGCCGAGCCAGUUCGACUGGCGCGAGUUUCUCCGGAUUGACCUCAUCGAAGACAAAAGCCAACCGAGCAGUUCGCUGCAAUCCACACUGCCGAGUAGCGAGGCUGUCAACGAGACGCCCAAGACGGCAGGGAGCUCCGCUAAAGAAGCCUACGAGAAAGAGACAUACCUCGCCGCUGGAGACGAGACGGGUCCACUACCCAGCCCAAUACACCCACCCUUGUCGAACGCUCGAGUACCUCUUGACGAAGUGGUCCACCCGUUCGAUGCCCAGACAAUUCGGCACAUCAAAAAAUGGUUCAAGAUCGCCACCAUCUACUUCGUCAUCAACGUCCUGGUCACCAUCGUGCUCUGGCCGCUGCCCCUGUACCGGGACUGGAUCUUCACCAAGAGCUUCUUCGGCGGCUGGGUCACCAUGGCCAUCAUCUGGCAUUUCGGCGCCAUGCUUUUGGUCAUUGUGUACCCGUUCUAUGACGGACGACAUGAGAUCGCACGGGCGAGAUAG